AUGCUCAUCUAUGGAUUGAUGCCGACUACACUGCGAACCAGCAAAAACUCCAGACUAAGGAUCUGCAAGGUGUCCUACGUAUACUUGAUAUACAGUUUUUGUAUCACGUUAUGUCUGUGUCUGCAAUUUCGGUAUGUGUUCCCUUCUGACUUCUUCGAAGGCUACAUGAAGAACAAUAUAAUACUACAGUGGAAUAUGAUUGUGAAUGCCGGACUCCGAGUUCUUGUCAUCGGCAGCUGCUAUAGUCUUGUCUGGCUGCGUCGACAGCGGUUGGUUCGCCUUUACCUGGAAUUUCUGUUAUACUGGCGAUUGCAUUGGCGCAUUCUCAGACGGAUUGUCGGCGAUCAGGCUCUCAUAAACAUGCAGUUGCAGCUGGCGAUUAUUUUGCUGCGUGAAAUCUACGUGAACUAUGCAAUGUUGUGUUGCUUUAUCGUCGUACAAUAUCAACUGCUCGGCAAAAAAGAAUUUCUGCAAAUUCUUGUGAAGAUAUUUCAAAUACUAAUGAUGACGGCCAUUCGUGUGGGCUUCAGUUCGCUGCUCCUGCUACUCACACAUCAGUUUGAGAGCGUUCAGUUAGCUCUGCAAGCCAUUCGCCGACGAUCGAGGUCAUGCUCUAUGGAAGAUUUGCGUCGCGUUGCCAACAUUCACACCAAGUGGCUGCAUCUGGCCCAAAGUGCUUUUCGCACCUAUAACUUAUCCAUGGCUACGGUUUUUGCUAUCAUGUUUGCCGUUAAUGUGAACGUACUCUAUCACGGAGUUCAGUACGGUAACGACACAAUCAAAUCAGACAUGUCUGGCGACAUUAUUGGUUUUGCUCUCCUCGUAACCAAUCUAUGGAGUUCUGGCUUGGUCAUGAAUCUAAUAGAGCAUACGUCUAAUUCUUGCAAUAACGCCGGGCAAAUAUUGAGGCAGUUUACAUACCAUCGUCAACUCAGUCCAGACUCACAGCUUGAGUUGGAACUACUUACGAAUCGCAUACGAAGCAAUAAACUUGUCUUUCAAAUUUGCGGCUGUGUUGUUUUAAACAGAGCUGCCUUUCUAAGCUAUAUGUCAUCAGUGCUGAACAAAGUUAUCAUUCUCAUGCAAUUCGAUUUAAAGCGUAAGCAAGAGACGGCUAUACAAUACGUAAAUCAAACGUGA